UCUUUCUGUCUUGAUAUCGCACCCCCUCCUCUGGGCGAGGUUGCACAUCGAUGCUAGGUCCGAGCAGCCCCUCGACCACCAUGUCUGCAGCCUGGAUCCCCGUUCUCUGCCUCGGUGUCUGUCUGCUGCUGCUGCUGCCGGAGCCUGUGGGCAGCCAGGGAGCGGUUCCCAUUGCUAUCACAUGCUCUACCCGAGGCCUGGACAUCAGGAAGGAGAAAGCAGAUGUCCUCUGCCCAGGGGGCUGCUCUCUGGAGGAAUUCUCUGUGUUUGGGAACAUAGUGUACGCAUCUGUAUCAAGCAUAUGUGGAGCAGCUAUUCACAGGGGAGUAAUCAGCAUUUCAGGGGGACCUGUACGCAUCUAUAGCCUACCAGGUCGAGAAAACUAUUCCUCAGUAGUUGCCAAUGGCAUCCAGUCUCAAACACUUUCUAGAUGGUCUGCUUCUUUCACAGUGACAAAAGGAAAAAGCGGUACCCAGGAGGCCACAGGACAAGCAGUGUCCACAGCACGUCCACCAACAGGUAAACGGCUAAAAAAAACACCCGAGAAGAAAACUGGCAAUAAAGACUGUAAAGCAGAUAUUGCAUUUCUGAUUGAUGGAAGUUUUAAUAUUGGGCAGCGCCGAUUUAAUCUACAGAAGAAUUUUGUUGGCAAAGUGGCUCUAAUGUUGGGAAUUGGAACAGAAGGACCACACGUGGGCCUAGUUCAAGCCAGUGAACAUCCCAAAAUAGAAUUUUACUUGAAAAACUUUACAUCAGCCAAAGAUGUUUUGUUUGCCAUAAAGGAAGUAGGUUUCAAAGGGGGUAAUUCCAAUACAGGAAAAGCCUUGAAGCAUACCGCCCAGAAAUUCUUCACAGCAGAUGCUGGAGUAAGAAAAGGGAUCCCCAAAGUGGUGGUGGUAUUUAUUGAUGGCUGGCCUUCUGAUGACAUUGAGGAAGCAGGCAUUGUGGCCAGAGAGUUUGGCGUCAAUGUAUUUAUAGUGUCUGUGGCCAAGCCUAUCCCUGAAGAACUGGGGAUGGUUCAGGAUGUUGCGUUUGUUGACAAGGCUGUCUGUCGGAAUAAUGGCUUCUUCUCUUAUCAUAUGCCCAACUGGUUUGGCACCACGAAAUACGUCAAGCCUCUGGUACAGAAGCUCUGCACUCAUGAGCAAAUGAUGUGCAGCAAGACUUGCUAUAACUCAGUGAACAUCGCCUUUCUAAUUGAUGGUUCCAGCAGUGUUGGAGACAGUAAUUUUCGCCUCAUGCUUGAGUUCGUUUCCAACAUAGCCAAGACUUUUGAAAUCUCAGACAUUGGUGCCAAGAUAGCUGCUGUACAGUUCACCUACGAUCAGCGCACAGAAUUCAGUUUCACUGAUUACAGCACCAAAGAGAAUGUCCUCGCUGUUAUCAGAAACAUUCGUUAUAUGAGUGGUGGAACUGCCACAGGUGAUGCCAUUUCCUUCACUGUUAGAAAUGUGUUCGGGCCUGUGAGGGAUAACCCCAACAAGAACUUUCUGGUAAUUGUCACAGACGGGCAGUCAUAUGAUGAUGUUCGAGGCCCUGCUGCUGCUGCACACGAUGCAGGUAUCACCAUCUUCUCUGUUGGUGUGGCUUGGGCACCUUUGGAUGACCUGAAAGAUAUGGCCUCGAAACCAAAGGAAUCACAUGCUUUCUUCACAAGAGAGUUCACAGGAUUAGAACCAAUUGUUUCCGAUGUCAUCAGAGGCAUUUGUAGAGAUUUCUUGGAAUCCCAGCAAUAAUGGUGACAUUUUGACAACUGAAAGAAAAAGUGCAAGAGGAUGGAAUGUAUUAAGUCAUUUUCUCCUAAUACUGAAAUACUAUAUAGCAUACUAAGAUCAGAUACAAAACUAUUAUAUUAAAAAUACAAACAGCUGUUUCAAGCAAAUAAGUAUUCAUUUAAAGCUACUACCUUCUAAUUACAAUUUAGAAUUAUUAAACACUCUGCUGAGGCUUCAUAAUCAUGACCCUUAGAAACUCUGGAAAGAGGAGAUACUGUGGAUCCAAAUCUUAAGAAUUCUAAAAUGCAUAUCACAUGUACAGAGACAUAAAUUCCAUAGCUCAAUAAAGAAUCUGAUACUCAGAAAAGCAACAUUCCUUCUCUAAUCAUUCUGUAUUAAAUAUAGUGACACUUAAAUAGUUCUUUAACUCAGUUCAUAAGUAAGUCAUUCUUCCCCUAAUGGAUGUUGUCUUAAAACCAAUCAAUAAGUUAUUACUUAAUAUAAUAAAAAGGUUUUAUUAUGAAUGAAAUGGAAGGGAAUUAAAUAUCAUGCUUUUUUUGUAGUGUAUUUUCAUAACCACUGAAAUAUCACACUGAACAGAUUUGGUAUUUUUCUACUUUAUAUGCUUAAUUUUAUACAUGUAUAGAUAUAUUAGCUUAUACUCUCAAAGUCACCCAUGUACUAAAAAAAGUGUUGGUAAAUUUUUACUUACCACUUUAAACAUCAGGCUUUAAGGAAAAACACCUAUUAAAACUGGAACUGCAGGAAAAUUAUUGUAGUAUGACCCAGCAAUAAAACUGUUAGUGACUAUUA